UAGUAUGCUAGUAUGGAUGUUGGAACACGGCCCCUCAGGACUGAGUUGUAAGAGAGAGAGUUGCAUUCUUUGAACUGUCGGCAGAUAUAAAGAGGCCAAUCAACUUCAAUCACAGACAUCUGUGGCAUCCUGUAGGCCUAACAACAAGUGCAUUGCGGCAACGUGACUAUCAAUUUCCUGAAGCUAGUGAUCAAAUUGGGGGAAAUAACUAUUGUCAUCUCUCUCAAGACAGAUUCAGUGAGAAAACCAAGGAUGGGCACAACGACAUGAGCACAGGAGCCACCUACAGACCAGGCAGCCAAGGGACCAUGGAAGAUCCGGACACCCAGGAGGGCCUGCAGGUGACACAGUCCACCAUCCUCUACCUCAUCCAAGAAACCACCAAGCUAGCAACUCCCACCCCUGUCCACAACCGCUCCAUAGACUCAAAGCCUAAGACUUCACCUGUAUCAACUGAAAGGUCUAAAAAGGAUCAAGUGUCUGAUCAUAGACCUUAUCCUCCUCAGCACAAUUCCUCUCUCACGAGCAUUCAUAACCAGCCAAAAGAUGACUUAGAACAAUGUAGGAGACAUACAAACUCAGUCCUGCCCAGUCGUCAUAGUAGCAGCAGUCCGUGGGAGUUGAUGAGCCUGAUCAACAUGCAGUGUGAGAGACUCCUCCAGUCAGACGACCAAGAGGAGGGAACCUCAGCUAGGGCUCUGUUGGUUCCUAUAGACUCUGACGAUCAUCCUCCUGAAGGUGUGGGGUGCAGUAAGAACACUGUCCCUGUCUGCCCCACUCUAGUCAGUACCAGAGUGGAUUCUCCCCAUCAUGUCAGGUCCAGGGGAGAGAUGGGUCAGUUGGGUGGAGGUGGUUAUUGCUCACCCACAAGUCCACGUACCAGUUCUCAGACAUCACCGGAUGUCAAUGGCAGCUACAAAACUAAACCUGGUGUGGGAGCUUCAGACUCUGAGGUUGCGACGAACAAAGAAACAGGAGUCACAUUUUGUCUUAACGGUGAUGGAUUGUCUGUGAGUGAAGAAAGCAGAAACAUCCCCUGUGCCUUAAUCCAAGAAGACGACACAGUGAAGGAGGCCCGUCCUGAGGCAAAAGACGGGCUGUCAGUUAAACAUCCGUCUGUGUCAUAUAUAAACCUGUUUGGGCAACCGCUUGUCCACAAGGUAGCUACAAUUAAGGAUGUGGCAAGUCUGUCACCUCCCUCCAUAGACACCAUGACAUGCAUACAUCCAGGCCCAGAACAGCUGAACCUUAACAUGACCCUGGACUUCAACUCAAACAUAUGUUUCACCUUUGACCCCAAGGAAGACAUGCCACCAGCCCCGAACUCCCCUCAUAAUACUAUGUUGCUCAUAUUGAACAGUGAAGCAGGGUCUGUGAUUGUGAACGCAAAGUCAGUACAAGAUGCCCGUUUUCCAGGCGUCAAAGCAGAGCUCCACGAAAGCUCCAUGGAAGAGAACACAGACACAGUACAAGAUACCAGUGUUAUUACAGACUCUCCAAUGGACCUCACCCAAAGGUGUAUGGACAUGGAGGAUGACAUGGCCACUAUCCCCGCAGCCCCGAAGUGUCCCUCUCCGUCUAACCCCAUGUGCAGGUCCACCAAGGCCCCCAGGAAGCAGCUCCAUCCCAGCCGGAGUGUGGAUGUUGGAGACCCAGACUUCCAGGGAGUGACGUUCCGGAUGCAGACGGAGCUGGACGACAGCAGGGAGCAGUGUCGCCUUCUCAUCACCUCCAAGAAGUACAGCACGUCAUUUCAUUAUUCUACAACAUAUUUAGCAGGAUUAUGGCACAAGGCCUAUUUGUUUGUACUGAUAGCCACUCCUUUCUCCCCAUCAGAGAAUAAGAUCUGUGCCUCUUGCUGCACCACGAAGACUCCUCUGUGGCGAGAUGCUGAGGACGGCACCCCGCUGUGUAACGCCUGUGGAAUAAGGUAUAAGAAGUACAAGGUGCGCUGUCUGCAGUGUUGGCACAUCCCUAGGAAGGAGGGCAACUCCAACUCGCGCUGCUUCAAAUGUGGAAACUCAUCACGGCUGGCUACGUCCCACCGCAAGCACUCUGCCUUGUAGGGGAAGGGAACACACUUAGGCCUUGGCAUGAGGUCCUAGACACUGAUACCACAGACAGUCUCCCUCCAGGUACAUGGUAAUUGGCCACACCUCCUGACUUUGCGACUCUUGGAGUUAUUUGAUCAUUUAUUACAUCACAUACUGUCAUGGCGGGUCACGGUGUUGGCUGAGCCGUGGUGAGUCAGUCUGACGGGUCUGGCUGCUUUUAGCACUGUAGCGUGCGCUAGUCACUUUAGGAAGAAUGAGUUCAAUAGAAGAACAGUCUCCUGCUUGGAGGCUGCGUCUGUUGACAAUAGACUGUCUGUGUCAGUGCACUACAAAUGUAGUGCACUAUACAGGAAAUUGGGAGUCUCUGGCCAAAGGUAGUGCACUAUAGGGACUAAGGACCCAUGGCUCUGGCCAAAGACAGUGCCCUGCUUUACUGGGAAUAGGUAGCCAUUUAGGACUGUUUACUCCCCUUGUUUACUAGGCUUGACCUUGGUGCUAUCCAGUUUGUAUGUUACAUUAAGUUCAAUUAAGUUGAGUGAUAUAUUAUCUUUUGUUCUUGUUUAGUUUGUAUUUUGUUUUUUAAAUUUGUUUUUCUAUUUGGUUGUUUCUGGACAGCCCUUAGCAUUAACUGGCUGGAUUAGAGAUGAAGCAAUUCCUUAUCUUGACUGUUUCCUGUAAACAAAAUAAACGUGUGUGUUUGGUGUGCA